AUGGAUAUUAAGAGGCAGUCAUUUUCUUUAGAAAUAAACUUUAUACGAGUACGAGAACAGGAGAUCAAUCGCUCUCCAGCUGCAUCCUACGCUAUUUUAAUUUUAAAAUAAUCCUUGAAUUUUUUCGGGAUUUGUUGUAGUUUUGGAACGUCGAACAUGCGGCUAGUGGGGGAAUUGCACGCUCAUUUUCCACUUUACGCCCAGCAGGCACAAAGCUGCAACAGUCUUAUCGUUUCGUGGUGAUUGUUAAAAUCAGUUAAUCCCACAUCCUUCUGUUAAUGGAAGAUGGCAUUCCCGCAUCGUGCUAAUUAUGCACGUCCCGGUUUCAAGCCCGUUUUGAUACGUUCUGAUCCCGAGUUCGAGGGCAUCAACGAUGCACUGUUUGGAAAACCACGCGCCCAACCUAUUAUACCCGGUGCAAACGACAGAGCGUCGUCUCCGCCUUCGGAACAAUCCCUGCCCUCCUCGCCUCCGAGGAAAUUUCGUAAAAGUGACACGAAAAAGAGACGACAUGGCCUGGUUGAUGCUCAACAACCGAAACUUCUCAGCGAAAGAUCUGAGAUAAAGCCCAGCGACGAGAGAGAUGAGGAUGCCACCAGCAUUAAAACAACAUCGACAGUUGCAUCUCGCGGCGGAGGAAAGAAGAAACGGAAACCUGCCCUCACCUACGAUAAUAUCUCUGCGACUGUCCGCAAAGCCGUUCGUCCUCAAAUACCGCAUUCGAAACUACCGAAACCGGUUAUAGACAUGAAGAACGACCCGGAAAUGUUGCGUUUUGAAGCGGAAAUGGAGGCAUUGAAGAAUUACACUCUUAAUGUUGAAUACGAAGACGAUUACUGGCGGGAAACAAGAAUGAAUGCCGAGCGCGAUAGAUCCGAAGAAUAUGCCAGAGCGGCGAGGGAUUUAAAUGAUCAUGCAGAACAUCUCCGCUAUCAAACCCCUCUCAUCAAUUUGAACCAGUCGGAAAUUUCCACACCACGGCGAUCGCGAGUUGUGGUCCGGAAGAUUAAGCCACGGGUAACCUUUGCAUCUCCUUCUACGGAAAUCGCUACUCCAACCAGGCCUCCUCGCCACAGUAUCCAGCCAGCUCAGCCAAGCGGUGACAAUCGGGUUUCCAGUCGUCUCACAAUCAAUACUACUCCCGGUGGCCCAUUAUCUUCUACCCCGAUCAAUUCCAAUCUGAAGAAUCGCCAGUUGGAUAUAACCGACAUGUCACCCAUCGUCAGUGCUUCUCGAGUAAUGGGGAAAUCGAGGAAAACUGUGGAUGACGUUGUAGUGCCGCCGAAUGUGGCUAAAGACAUUGCGGAGGCUGCAGAUGAAGAUUGGGUUGAUACUAGUAAAAGCAAAUCCCCUGUAAAACCUGUUCAGCGCCGCCGGUCAUCAAGAAAAAAAAGUGGUGUUGAAGUUAGCAACGAUGCCGCCAAAACUGGCAUUUCCCUUGUUCCUCGGGAAAACGAUGCGACUAGCGUCGAUGCGCAAGCGACCAGUCGUCUGCCUGAAAAGGAUACAGUGGAACCGGUUAUUGCCAGUGUGGCCAAUGUUACCAAUUCUCGAAUCGGAAGGUUUAAAAAACCAACUACUCCAUCCAUAUCGACCCGGCGAAAUGCGGAAGACUCAGAAAUUGUGGAGGUAAGAUACAGCAUGCCGGUUCGUCGCGGAAGGAACGAAGCCAUCCAUGUAGCUAGUCCAUCUAUAUCCACUCAGCGCGAUGCGGAAGGAUCACGCACCGUGGAAGCUCGAUUUAGCAUGCCUGUUCGUCGCAGAAAAAACGAAGUUAAUGAUUCCAAAGAUGACUCUGCGCGACCAAAUGAAACUACUACCUCCAAAAGGGCAUCGGAGCGUACUGAAUUUGGUACUGUGGUUGUGGCUACGGCGUCCAGUAUAUUUCCUAUUCGCCACACAAGAGCGUCAACUUCUGGGAGAAUUUCUCGAAACACAACCGCUCACACUCCGGCACCAGGUCAUGUGGCUCCUGCUGGGGUCACACCGGCAUCUAGUGUCCACUCGAAUGUAUCCGGCAUUCAGUACAAUAUUCAGCGUGAAUCCCUUUUUCCAUCCUUUUUCUCGCCAGCUGUAGUGCGCUUAAGUGAAAAAGCGCGUGACUCGCUCACCCAAAGCCGUAAUAACAUUUCCCGAGCAUCCGUGCGGAGAUCCGUUGUCCAGGGCACUCACAAAAGCCCACUUAAUCUCCUGCUGGAGAUUGCCACUCCUAAUCGGAUUAUAAAUACUGAUCACCUCCUGGAAGGCGAAGGUUUCACAGAUUUAACCAAAAUUGGGGAGGGAUCGUUUGCAGAUGUAUACAGCGCCUUCCGGAAUGGCGAGGAGGUGGUCCUGAAGAUUGUUCCCGUGGAUGGAAAGUAUGCCGAUGGCCAGGCGCAAACAUCUCUUGAUGACAUCUUGUCGGAAAGUAUUAUAUCCAUUGAGUUGACCAAGUUGUUGGUCGAUGGAACGGAAAUGUCGCUGGCUCCAGUAUUUGCCAAGACUCAUUUUAUUAAGGUGGCCGAAGGAUUGUAUCCGGAUGAAUUUUGCGAUCGCCACGAUUCGUUUGCUCGCAAUAAUCCAGAUGACUGCUUGAAUCAGCAUCCGUUAGCAUACGAACGGGACCAGCGGUUUGUGAUAAUUGGACUAAAGAACGGUGGACAAGACCUUGAAAACUUUCCGUUAGCAGACUAUCUGCAGGCCCGCAGCGUAUUUCAGCAAGUCGCUUUGGGUCUGGCCAUCGCCGAAGAUGCUGCAGAAUUUGAGCACAGGGAUUUACACAUCAGCAAUAUUCUCGUUCGCUUAACGACUGAAGACCACAUUCCAUUUCGAUGGAAGGAACAACAUUACAAUGUCCCGACUCACGGACUUCAAGUGACCAUAAUCGACUGCACACUGUCGCGCAUUCGCCAAAAUCAGCGCAUCAUUUUCAAGGAUUUGUCCAGUGAGAAGCAAAUCUUUGAUGGCGAAGGCGACAUACAGUAUGACGUGUAUCGGGCAAUGCGUGAUGAGAACGACAACGAUUGGAGUACAUUCCAGCCUCACACAAAUGUUCUUUGGCUAAAAUAUCUGCAGAAGAAACUUGUGAAGGAAAAAACCAUUAGUCGCGGUAACAAAGAGUCUCAGAGUGCUAAAAGAGAACUGGAGAGAUUAGGUCCGAAAUGGAAAUGUCCGUCGGCAGGUGAACUCGUGAAGAGCACAAAGAUGUUCAGUGAUCUCUUGGCAGUUUGAAUGUUGCGGUCACAGUGUAAAGGAUGAAUCUCAGGAAUUUGAUUCUCGUUUGUGUUUGCUGCCUUUCUGUAGUUCACCGAUCGUGUUGUUGUCUUCGGUUGAAAGUAAAACGAAUUGUGUGAUUUUCAAUAAGAAGCCACCGAUGAAGAAACCACCGGCUUUUCUUACCUGUACGGUUGGUACUUUGUAGCAUUGUUUCUGCUGCAAGCACCGGUACAAAGAUUGCGUCAAGCACAACCUGUUGCAUGGUUCUCCUGGAUUUAUGUUGGAACGUGUUAACUUUUUUUGUUUCCGUGGGCAUGUAGAAAUCCGUUAUCAAAGUGUUGGUUCGGACAUGAGCCAUUAGUAUUAACGUCUUUAUUU